AUGUCGCCCGACCUAAACUCCCUCCCCGCCCGCCGGCCCUCGAUGACUUCCUCCUCUCCGCUGGCUGACCGGCCCCGCCGCAUAUCAAUCAGCACGACUGACGCUCGUGCCAGUCCGCCGUCCCCGCGCUCGCCUUCAGUGUCAUCCCUCGCUGCCGCUGCUACCAUCAAUGCGGGUUUGCAUCGUUCGCCAAGCCGUGCAUCCCCAAGCUCGGAACGGAGACGAUCUUCCCUGUUGAACACCAUCUCCCUGAACGAUCCCAGUAUACCUGCCCCGGGAGAAAUGCAGCACAGCAAUGGCGGCUCUCCGCGUACGAGCCGGAGGUCGUUCAGUUUGAACACUGCCGAUCCACACCACGCUCGCACACCCAGCUUGGGAGAGCUGCACCAAACGUUGGAGAAUGAGCAAGAGUCACAGGUCAACCGCCUGCUUCAUAUGAUUCGUACACAGCAACACGAGCUCGCCGCAGUCCGUAGACAACAAAACGAUGCCUCCCCAACAACUUCAGACACCAAUGGCUUUCCAACUCCCCUCACGCCCGCGAGCACUGCCGAGCCUUUCUCACCUACAACACACCCAACAGCAGGAGGAUAUCCUGCACACGUUCCCCGCCGGCACUCCAUCUCCCGCGAUUCAUCUGCUCGCAUGUCCUUUACUGGCUCAUGCAGUAGAGGUGUCUCGCCAGCUCUACGACCUCAAUCGGGUGGUUUAGGACCCCUGACGGAGGAUUUGUUCCUGGGUGGCACGCGGGAUGAGUGUUCCUUCUACCAAGCGGAGACCUCGAAUCUCACACKCGAGAAUCAAAUGCUGAAACACAGAAUCGCUGAGCUGGAACGACAGAUUUCCGAAUUGGGAGGUUCGGGGACGGUGCAUUCGCCCUUGGCCGGCCCGCCUACAUCUGCGAAUGGCGAACCAGCUCUCGUCUCUGGAAAAGGGGAUUGA